AAGAAAUUUGUACAAGCCAACUCCUCUUCCAGUAUUAGCUCUUAGGCAUCCAAUAAAGGAGUAUACAUGGAAGAAUUUAGGUGAAAGUCUAGUCAACAUGUAUGAUUGUAUAUCAAAUGCAGAACCUUCCAUUUCAUUCAGCUGCAAAAUUGACUUAUCCCAACAUGUGGAAAAUACUAAUAAAAGUCGUGAUACGAAAUCUGAUCAAUUACCUUUAAAUUCUCCUGUAUCUUCAUUGUCUGAAGCUUGCAGUAGUAGUUCAACCUCAAAUGUUGCUGCAUCUCACACUUCGUUGCAAAAUGGAGGACUGCUUCAACUUGCAACUGUACCUAAUGGUGAAGUUCAGAAUCAACAAGUGGAUCCUAACCACAUAGAAAUGGAAGUGGAUGAUGUGCCAAAUGUUUGUAACAUUAAUAUGCUGCCAAAUUCCUACACUUUGAUGUUACCUCAAGCAGAUCUUCAACCUACUGAUUUAUCUAUAUAUAAUGAUUCCACUUCAAACACUAAGCGAACUGCAAAAAGGAAACGUUUGCUUUCAGAAUUAAGUGAAUUUGCAGCAAAACGUCGAUCUACAAGGGUGAGAAAUCCUGCUGUAAAAAAAGCGCAUGAUAACAUCAAUUAUCAAGAGCUUCUCCAAAAAUUCCUGCCAUCAAAGUUAAUAGGUGAUGGUAAAUAUGAUGAUCAAGAUGACGAUAGUGAUCCUUUAUCUCAGGACAAAGCUAGUGGAGAUCAUACAUAUGGGCAGUCUGCUGAAAAUGAGAAAAAAGAUAAUAGCAAGGUUGCAAUAGAUUCAAGCUAUCUAUCCAGUACAGAAAAAGAUGAUGUCACUCAUUUUAUAGCAAAUAAUCAGUCCAAUGGAGGGAUAAUUGAUUUAUUGUACAAUUAUACAGUGAGCCUCGCAAAGAAAAAUCAUUUUGUAUGGCCUAAAAAUCUUAUUGAUGUAUAUUGUGCUGCCUUCUGUAGACUGAGAAAUCAUAUUACUACUCCAAAUAUAUUCAGCCAUGAAACUGAAUGUCUUCGCAUAAAAGAAAUUGGAAUGGCCAUUUUGGUGUAUUGUGAAUUUAAAGUUGAUCACUGGUAUUUAAGCACUGGACAUUCAAUGUCUUUUUCACCUAAAGUACCAUCCAAUAACAGUUUUCAAAGUAGUCCUUGUCGAGUUGGUAAUGAUUUUCAUUCUGAUAUGGAAUUUCUUGUCCAGCUGACUGUAAGAAUGGAUGUGCUUGGCAAAGAUUGGUUAAAUUUUACUGUUAGAGCUUUAUGGUUAAAAGCCAAAUUUCAUUCAUUAGAAGGAGAAAUUGAUCUGGCUGUUUGCUGUAUAGGCAAGCUUAGUGAUGUUUUAUGUGAUUUGGAAGAAAAACCACCAAAAACUGUAGUUCAGAACUGCAGUUUUUCCAAUGUCAUUACAGCUGGUAAAUAUGUAUAAAUAUAGUUUGCAUGUGUUUUAGAUAUUUUUACAUGUAAUUUAAAUUAGCAUGUUAAUUUUCUUGGUCCUUCCUUGUUAAAACGGCCACCUCCAUCAGUCACCAAAAUCUAAAGAUUAGUUGCCAAAAUUUGUAAACUUAAUCAGCAGUUUUUUUAGUGUGCAGUGGGUUUAAUUUUUAGUUUGUUUUUGAUGAUAGUGUUUCUGAGAAAAAAUAAGCAGCAGUUUCUUCAUGAUAUUGUUUAUUCAUUCUUUGAUAUUCUUCAGUAUGUUUUUUCCCUGUAAAAUAUUAAUUUAUCAUCAUUUGAAAAACAAGCAGUGGGAUUUUUUUUCCUUUACAAGCACAGAAUUUUGCAUAU